AUGCGGGGAAUAAUGAGAAGAAACCUAGUUAAUCUAUGCUUUUCAAAAUUCAAACGUUCUAUUCCCAUUGCAGAAAAGAAAGCAAAUUAUUUUUCAACAAAAGUGAAUUCAUCCGACUUUGAGCAACCACUCGCAACCACUGAUAUUCAUGAUCAUCUCGACCUUGUCAAUGUUUUCUCCACGGAGAGAUUCUUUUUCUCCUAUCCUGGCCGAACAAGCUCUAUAAUGGAGUCUUCAUUUUCCUUCAUGUUAACGGCCACAUCUUCAAAUUCACCUCUACCUGUUCCUGACCCGACAGGAGGAUUGGAUGGUACUGUCAUAGGAGGCGGCGUGGCCGUGUCGAUUUUUUCGGACCAACCAUAUAUGGAUUUCAGGCGAUCCAUGGAAGAGAUGGUGGUGGCCGGAAACUUGUUUGAUGUCAGGUCUAACUGGGAAUACUUGCACGAGCUCCUACUCUGUUAUCUUGUUCUUAACUCCAAACCUACCCACAGUUUUAUCGUCCAUGCUUUCUCCGACUUACUCACUACUCUCAUGUGA